AUGUGCACGGUGUGCGGGAUCGUUGUUGGAGAAAUUCAGGAAAUGGUCGACCUUGGAGGCAGCAUUGAAACGGCUAUCAGAGAGAAGUGUGAAGAAAACACACCGAAGUUCAUGGUUCGCACUUGCCAAAAGUUUCUCCACGGUCUUACAAAGUUAGGCGACAAAUUGAAGAAACAGGAUCCCGAAGAGCUUUGCGGGACGCUACAUGUUUGUGGAGGAUCUGAUGAUGAUGAAGAUGAUGAAGAAUGA